AUGUUUAAUGGAGAAAGCAAAAACAGGAAGAUCAAUCUGAGCGGAAAGAAAAAUGUCAUCCUCAACAAGGACUCCUUCAUCGAGAGGGCCAAAAAGGAGAAGGAAAUCCACCUGAACUUGACCAGAAGGAAAAACGCCUUUAAUGUUAUAGGCACUUAUGUAAGCUUUAAAAAAUGUAUUGAGAAAAGGAGAAACGAGAUUAAGGUCCUGAUUGGGAAGAGAAUCAGUGACGUGAUGUUGUUGCAGAAUUUGGUAGCACCGGAUGUGUAUGAGAGAGCCUUGCAAAUAUGUCUCUAUGAAUUUUCACUGAGCUGUACCUUUUUGUACUCCAGUCGGAGUUGCCACUACUACUAUAAGGGCAUGAACUUUGGGAGUUUGUACCCGCCCGUGAAACAUCUACUAGAUGUGCUGAAGCUGUAUGGCAAAGUGGGGCAACUCGAUGAGCCUCAUUUGGUUAGGGAGGGGAAAACCGAACAGGAUGAAAGCAAACCGGGAGAGCACUCAAAGAAGGAGGCAAUCCACGUUAGCAAUAAGUUCCUAUACAGACAUAAAAAGGAAAUACAAGUUUUACUUAACCAUUUGGAGAUUCUCUUAGGGGGGUACAAUUUAUAUGGCGAAAAUAUAUAUGGAGAGUACCACUCUGCCGAGAGAAGUGUGAGGCGUAACCGAGGGGGAGUUUCCCCCAGUGUGGACGCCCAACAGAAAAGAUAUGACAACGGACAGAUGCUGCACAUUUACCACAUUUAUAACUUCAUUUUGAAUAAGUCCUUCUGUGACCACGUGGGGAAGGAAAUGCAAUCCAGGGAAGAGAAAAUAUUGGAGAGUAACCCCCCGAACGACAAAAACAUAUUGCAGUCACUUCACAAAAUAAGCAACUACAUCAUUUUAACGUUGGAUGGGAUUAUCAACGUUGUUAGGAAGUUACUCCUGUCCUAUGAACCGAAGCAGAUUGCCAAGUGCAGCUCCACCAAGCUACUGAUUUAUUUGUCGGAUCUUAUAUAUAUAUUUUUAUUCUCUCUGAAGAUGAAGGGGCAUGAAAUAAAGCAAGAAAUUGUAGAGGAGGUAAAAGGAAAAGUCAACUUUCUUCUACAGUUUGUUUGUAUCUGUGUGGAUCAGCUGAAGGAUUGCUAUUCCUUAUACAUAGCUUUUUUCAAAUAUCCAAUUUACGACAUUUUUUCUACCCCUGUUGACGUGAAGAACGAACUUGGGAUGAUGAAACUGUUGCUGUUGAAAAUUGUUCAUAGGACAUAUUCAGAACAUGGUGUAGACGUGAUGCAGGAGCUGGUGUAUUCAAAUGAGAACCUACCCCUCCAUUUGGACAAAUACCAUCUGUUUAACCAUACCUCCUUCGAUGGGAGGAAUAUAUCCGGGGUCAACUUAUUUAAGAAUAUGCUUCUGUUUGUUCACAUGAAUGAAUCGCUGGUGCAGGACAACGUUCUGAACAUCCUGCUGGAAUGUUACCUGUUCCUGUCGCUGAGGUAUCACCCGUAUGUGUACAAUGUGCAUGCAUGGGGAAGAGAAGAAAUAAAUGGAACGAAUGAAAUGGGUGAAAACGUCGGCAUAGGGGGGGGUACUGACCUUGGCGACAGAACAGAUGGAGAUGAUGACGCCCAUUCCGAUGAAGAGUUGGACUUCACCUCCCCCCCCAGUGGAACCUUCUGGAGCAGUAACAACCCGGACCACACCCAAACGGAGGACCUAGCGGGGAAAAAACGAUCCGUCUCCUUCGACGAAGUCUCAUCGGAGCAAUCAUCUCCAAAUAAGAAGAAAGAAGUACACACAGAUGAUCGGUACCAAAAUGAAGGGUUCUCUCACAUGGGUUUUUAUUACACCAGAGGGGUAGUCGACUCUUUAGUACAGAUUUGUAAGAGGGGGGGGUUCAAAAGGUUGGAUGCGCUGCUGUUUUUUCUCCUUCCUUUUAGAACCAUUCACAGGAGAAUCUUCCAUCGGUACAGGAACUAUUACGAGUUUGUGAAAAAUGUGAGCAACGAGUCGUUCGUGAUUGAGGGCCGCAGAAAUGAAUUCAUUAAUCGGGGGGGAGCAGCGCUUGGUGGAAAUCCCCUUGGUGACAAUAGAGGGGAGGAGAUGCCCAGGAGUGGAAGCCUCACGAGGGGCGCCGCAGCAGGAUCCCUCUUUGGCGAAGGGGCAGCCACCCCUUGGAAUGGCCCCACGUACGGGUUGCUCCCCCAGAUGAGGAUUCACCCAAAGGAUCAACCGAUGAAGAAGACAGCAUGGAAACACUGCCCUUUACAUAGCCGCCUGUUUAGCCUGAAAGACCUCAUCAGGGAAAAGGGAAAAAAGGGCAAGCGGUCAUGUGAGGAAGACCUUCUAAACAACGAUAUCCUUUUGAAGGUGAAAAAAAUCCUCAUCGAGCACGACAUGCACAUCUACCUAGUGAGAGAAGUGUACCUCCUCUGGUAUAUCAAUUGUAAAGGAAACGACACCCAGUUCUUUAAGUACCUCUCCUCCUUCCCCUACUUCGAUCACACCAUUGUUUCGAUAUAUAUUUCCUCCCUCUGUUUUUUGCUGCACUAUUACAUCGUCGCAAAUAUGUUUGUAAACCUGAUUGACAUUCAGGGGUUUAAGGUUUGUAAGAAUUUUAUGACCACCUUGGCGUUCAGGAAGGUAUGCAAGUUGUUGCUGAUGUCCCUGUGGGUGGUACUGAAGAAGUCCAUGUAUGCUAUUAACUGCGAGGUGGUGAAUCGGGUAGCUUGUGAGGAGAAAUGUCUUAUGGGUGGAGAGGACACCGAACUGGAGGACUUCACCGAAGCGAUCAACGAGGAGGACUUGUACAACGAUGAGGAUGAGCAGUAUGAACGGGAGAUGAACCAGAAGGAGGAGUGGGCCAUAGAGGAGAUCGAAGGGGGGGAUACCCAUCAGGGGGGUGAAGAAGAACAUCACGGUGAAAAAAACUGCUCAAUAGAGGACUUGUGUGAACCCCUGCGUUGCUUCGAGGAGAUUCCCAUUAUGCUAGACGCAACGGAAGAGGCGUUUUUCCAAGCAAGUGGAACAGUCCAACCGAACUGCAGGGCUGAGGACCUAUUGGAGGCACUGGACUUGCUUAUCACAGGUGAGCCUUCCUCCAUGGGGAAACAAUUCCCCUCAAGUGCCCACCAUAUGAUGAAUCGAGAAAUGCACUUCUCUUCCUGUGACACGUAUGACGGGAUCGGAAUAGGCAACACUAGUGGUCUAAGUAGUGGCUUCAAAAACAGCACACACAGCAACCGUGGCGGGGAAGACUUAUCAGCAAUUAUUUCUUUGUUAAUAAACUACCUCCUAUACAAUCGGGACAGAAGAGGACUGAACUAUGUACUUCCCCUUCUUUUGAAAAAGUUGCACAAGGUGAAUGGGUACGUGCAUCUGUUCGAGGAGGACUUCUUUGUAAUAAAGGAAACGAGUAAUUUGUUAAAGAACCGGUUUAACAUUAUAGGGGAUCAGAAUAAUAGUGGAAGCAGCUCCAACCAAAUGAGUAACACCAACACAGGAAGUAGUCCCAACGACACAGAAUCACAUCUCUUCAUAGAUAAAAAUGACGCGUAUCUAAAUUACAAUAUUAAGCAUGUAAACGAAUUGGCUAACUACCUGUUAAGGUUUACUCCAUUCACCCUCCCAUUUGACGACCGUAUAUUAAUUUUCUAUAACAACAGGAAUAAGUCCAAGGAGAGUAUCCGUGAUGAUAGUAGGUUCAAUUUGGUAGAUGUAAAGCAUCACCUAAUUAGAAGAACCCACAUAGUGGAAGACGCAUUCAUGUUGCUUCACACGAUGGAUUCUACUGAGAUAAAGCAAAACAUUAGAAUCUCUUUUAUUGACCAGAAUGGGAAUGAAGAAACAGGAAUAGAUGGAGGAGGAUUGUUUAAAGAAUUCAUGAUACUUUUAUGUCGAGAAAUUUUCCAUUCAAAGUUUUCUCUGUUCGAAUAUGUACACAAUGGAACACUCUACCCGAAGAGGUUUAAUGGAAGUGAUAAUAUGAACCUAUACCGCUUUGCUGGGAAGGCAAUUGGGAAGGCUAUUUACGAGCGUAUACUCAUUGAAUCCGUUUUUAACGAAGUCUUCUUGAACUUCCUCCUUUGUGACGAUAUGGACUUGGAUGAGGACAUUGAUAUCAACGAUUUAUAUUUUAUUGACCAGCAUGUUUUUAACAGUAUGUUGUAUAUACAGAAUACCCCUCAUGUGGAAAAUCUCUCACUUACCUUUUGCGUCUACGAGAAGAAGAAACCCGAAGAGGAACCCACGAAUAAAUAUGAGGAUAUCAUUAGAUACUUCCAUGCUUUGGUGAAGCAGCUAUCUGGUACAGGUAACGAUGCAAACAUGGGUAGAGCUGGUCCUGGGGGAAAUCUCGUAAGCCACUUCACCCGGCUGGGAAUCUCCCCCGAUCAGGACAACAUCAACAGUUUCUUUAGCAUCAUUGAUAAUUUGGACACAUUGAUACAUACCCUGGAUCGAAACCUUUCUUCCCUUUCUCCGGUGCGUAUGGAGGAUAAUCUACCUGAAGAUAAUACGACGGAUCAUCACCGUGAUGACAACUACGAUGAGGACUCACCCACCGGGCAGAUGCACUUUCGUCGAAAUGAGCAUAACGUAAGUCCGUCAUCCAGUGGGGUUAUCUUAGGAUCAGACGACGAACCGGAAGGCGAACCGGAAGGCGCCGCCAGAAAUGACCCAUCAGAUUUACGAACAGACCACCCAUCAGGUUUACGAACAGAUAACCAAUCACGUGUAAGUAGAGAUGGCAAAGCGGAGCGCCUGGAAUGUGUCGACCUGAUCGAAAACGGAAGGAACAUAGUAGUAAACGACCAUAACAAAAAGCAGUACAUAAAACUGUACAUAAAUCAUAAGUUUAAAAAAAUUGUGCGGGAAAAAACCCAGGCUUUUUUAAGAGGGUUCUCCGAUUUGAUUCCUACAAGAUGGCUUAAACUUUUUAAUGCCCAUGAAUUGAAGACUCUCAUUUCGGGCAACGACAAAUGUUUCGACGUCGAUGAUUUACGAAGGAACGUUGUUUACGGUGGGGGCUACACUGCAAAUAGCCAAACUGUGGUAAACCUAUAUCAUAUUUUAAAAACGUUUUCUCCAAAGGAGAAGAGCCUCUUCCUCAUGUUUGUGACCAGCUGCUCUAGGUCCCCUCUGCUUGGCUUCCAGGAACUGUACCCUAAGUUUUGCAUCUUUCGUGUAGGGGAUAAUACGAGGCUACCCACUGCGUCCACGUGCGUGAACCUGCUCAAGUUGCCCGACUACGCGUCUAGGGAGAUCCUACGCAAGAACCUCCUCACGGCGAUCAGCGGCACACAGGGCUUUGACCUCAGCUAG